CGAUCUUCGUUUUUCUUUUCCUCCUUGAAGGCCUUAUAAAGACAAAACGUUUACUGGGAUGAUGUUGGGGGAUCGAAUCCAAGAGUCUGCACCAACGGAAACGAUUGCUCUCGCAGAGAGUAUCAAAGUGGAGAACCAAGCGGCGGUAUCGGGGAGAAGUAGGACAAAGAGGGGGCGAUCAUCGUGUUACUACUGCACGUGAUGCUGAGCAUAAGGGUUGUUGACGUCGUCGUUAUAUCUCCCUCAAUGGCCAUUGUCUUGGAGAUUGGCGGCGUGUGAGAAUGCGAGGGCUCCUCCGGCCCGCCGUUCUUCGGACGACCGUUCUCGGUCAAUUUUUAUCGUUAAUUAAUAUAAAUAUAGUUGCAGUGAUUGAAAUCGGCGGCGCCAGGUUGGCAGUCGGAGGAGUCGGCGGGGAGGAAGAGGAGGAAGUCGCAGAAGGAGAGGGAGGAGGAAAAGGGAGAGGGAGGCAAGGUGAGGAGAAGCUGGGGGACAUCCAAUGUGGGAGAAGGAGGGUAAUCAGCAGCAGCAAGCAAACGAUUUUUUUGUCGUGGCACAGUAGCGGCAGUACGUCACGUGUUUCUGGGCAGGCUGAUAGGAAGCGAUCCUGGGGUGACCUUAGCGCCGACGUGGCAAAGGAGAAGACGACAAAGCUUACAGAGGGGAGGGAGAAGAGGACAAGAGUCUCGGAGGGGAGGGAGAAGGGGAAAACAGAUGGGAGUUUAGAGCGACCGGUAGCAACUGGAAGGGUAUUUUUGGGAGAGGCGAUCAUUAACCGGAGAACACACGUUCAUGCCGCCUUAACAGCAGCAGCCUCAGAAGCGGCAGCCGUAGCCGGGGAUGAGUUUCUUUGGGAGAGGCGAUCAUUAACAGCAGCCUCAGAAGCCGCAGCCGUCGCCGGGGAUGAGUGGUGGAGGAGCAGGGAGGUGGUAGGGUCAGUAGCAGAAGCCGCCAGAAGGCAAUCGGCGGUAUCGGCGAGGUCGGGGGAUCGAAUCCAUCAAGUUUCUGCACCAACGGAAACGAAUAUCGGAGCAGAGAGUACUAGAGAGGAGAAACAGGCAGCAGCAGCGGUAUCGGCGACGUUGGGGGAUCGAAUCCAACAAGUUUCUGCACCAACGGAAACGAGUACCCGAGCAGAGAGUAGUAUAGGUAAAGGGGAGAAGCAAGGAGGAGGAAGGAAGGGUGCUGAGUUCUCAGGCCGGGCGGAAGAGGAGGAGCUGCGACGUCGUUUCGCCGCCGCCUCAUUACUCCAUUAUUCCCCUUCUCGACCGUCGUCUCCUCGUGCUCCUCCUCCUCCUCCUCCUCCUUCUCCUACUUCUUCCUCCCUACGCCGCGAUUGCCCUGCCUUAUUGAAGCUCCUGCGCGGUUGCAGCCUUGACCUUGUUCCCCCCCCCUUAAAGGGGGUUCCGUCGGGCCCAAUAGCAGCAGCAGCUGCUGCCAUCGGGCCCAAUAGCAGCAGCUGGAGCCGUUCGUUAUUGAAGCGGCGGCUGCGGUGGGACGAGGAACUACUGCUGCUGAUUUGUGACUGGCUUCGACGAAACGGAGCUUCACGUGGGCAUCCACCCCACGUGGGAUCGACUUCGCCUUCGCUCUCGCUGCCGACCCGAGGGCUACUACGGCGAUUACUCACACGGAGCUUGAAGGCGUGGUCGGGUGUUGCUGAGGUGCUCACUCGUUCGAGUCCAAUCACUGGCCGGAGAGAAACAGCACCGCAGAUCUGGUCUCGAAGCGCGCCGAAGAGGCUCGGCAACAGUCUCGGGAAGAAGGACGGCACGACGGACCGGAAGGCACGUAAGCGAGGAUACCGCCCAGGGAGCGGAGCCAGACCGGCCGCCAGAGCUGCGUGGCUUUCACGUGUCAACGCAAUGUUCUAUGGGGCCAUUGUAUGGGACCCCUGGCUCAUUUUGGCGCAAAUUACGUGCAUCCAGUGUCUUUAUUACCUAAGCCUUGGACUGGUGCUCUGGGUCCUCGUUGGAACGCGCGUUCCGACUUUCACUCUGCGGUAUUUCUUCGACUAUACUGCGCUGACUAGCAAAUCACUCACAGGAUGGCUGACCAUGACGGCGUUCUUGUGCAAUGCGUUUAUCGGGGCUGGUUAUCUGGUCCUUUUGGUUGAAAGAGCCAAGAAGUGUCUAGACUUCACAGCAACGAUGUACAUUAUUCAUAUCUUCUUCUGCUUGCUGUAUGCAGGCUGGCCAUCGACCUUCUCCUGGUGGGUGGUCAAUGGGAUUGGCUUAGCGAUUAUGGCUGUUUUGGGGGAAUGGCUCUGUAUGCAGAAGGAGCUCAGGGAUAUACCCAUUCGAGGGGGUCGUGGUGCUGCUACAAGCUCGGCAAGGGCUCUGCCUCUUUAGUAUUUUUCACUUGCUUGUCUUGAUGGUUUUCCUUUCCCAUUGACACGCCCCCACACAUGCUUGCAUGUGCUGAUUACACAUGCUUAAUCCAGAGCAAGGAGCUCUGUUUGUGUUGUGUGUGCAUGCGUGCAGUGGGACAAUGAUGUGUGUGUGUUGUAGGAAGCACAGACACAGAGAGAGAGAGAGAGAGAGAGAGAGAGAGAGAGAGAGAGAGAGAGAGAGGGCUUGGGAGAGGAUUGACCUGGAGAACCCAUGCGGUGGUAUCUAGGUUUUGAUGUGUGGCAACAUUCUGCCACUGUAGUUCAAUUGCAAUUUCUGUGAUGUGGUCUGAUGUGGUUGGGGUAUGAGUUUGCGACCUACAAAUCAGGGCGAAGCGCUGUUCGUGAACAUUUGACGGGCUUGUAGAAGGGGUGUGAAGCGACUCUCAAUCGUGUGCGUAGUCAACGUAAAGUUCAGCGAGCUGUGGUCUGCUGGUGUUCCUUGUCUUCCAGAGAAGCACGCUAGGUGAGGUGAAGAGGGAGGGCCAGGUGGAGAGGGAGCAUUCUAGGACCGGUCAUUCUGUGAUGACUACAUGCUUGGCUGGAGAAUAUGGUUUUGAUGACUUGCGUGGAACCAAGGAGAACGGAAGGAACAUGGAUACGUUCUGGGAAGAGACUCGGAACAUUGGUACAUUCUGAAUCUUCGACAGAUUCACAGUCUGUUGCUUUUAAGUUUUAUCCAGUCGCCCACGCUCCCGAAAGAAUUCAGCCCCCUACAGGAUUUGAACCUGUGACAGAGACUACAUAAAGCGAUGCGGCUGUUGCUUCCGACUGCGAUGAAUGAAUGCCCUUGUACGAUCUUGCUGCGCAGCAUAUUUGGUAAGUGGCAGCUUGUUUUGGAUUGGGGAUUGGGUGUUAUCCCGGGGAGUUGUUUAUUAAUUCUAAAAAGUUGGCUCUCAUAUGUCCAUGCUGGUCUGUUUUUUGUAUGUGGUUCUGAAUAACGAGUGAAACUGCACCCUGCAGAAAAACGUACGAAAAUGUACAAAUUACAAAGUGGUCGAAGGCGGCGGAGCGGCACUAGCAGUUGAUUUCUUGGAUCGAAGGCGAUGGAGUGCCUGGUUCAGUUGACAGUGGUCUUUUAUGUUGGUGUAUGAAGAAGAGGGCACUAGCAGUUCCCAGUUCCUCCCUCAUUCAGAGAUUCUGCUUUUGCAGUAUUACUAUUUGGCGAUUGCAAGGUGGUUUUGAAUUCUCUUUUUCUCUAAGUUUUUCACCCUUUUGUCUUUCAGUUUUGGUUUGCUGAUUGCAAGUUGAUUUCUUGGAUCGGCUGGCUCCUAGCAGAAUGCGGCUCGCUGUCUGCACUAUUUAAUUGGUAAGCUCUGCGUCUGCACUCUUCGCUAUUUUCAUUAUUCGUUAUUUUGGUGUUUGUCGUGUGCAAUGUCGUCUUUUCAUUUCCUCUCAAAUUGUUGCAACUCGUGUUUGCGGUUGUGCUCAGUCGUCUUCUGGCGAUUACUCUUUUCCUCGCCCGUCUCGUUUUCCACUGCGUUUCCUUUUUUGCCCGGUGUUCUUUCGUCGCUUAUUCCUACUCGCCUGUUUUGUUCCACUGCUGUUCCUCCUCACCUGUUAAGUUCCACACCUAUUCCUCCUCACCUGUUUCGUUCCACUGCUAUUCCUCCUCACCUGUUUCGUUCCACUGCUAUUCCUCCUCACCUAUUCCUCCUCACUUGUUUCGUUCCACUGCUAUUCCUCCUCACCUGUUUCGUUCCACUGCUAUUCCUCCUCACCUAUUCCUCCUCACCUAUUCCUCCUCACCUGUUUCGUUCCACUGCUAUUCCUCCUCACCUAUUCCUCCUCACCUGUUUCGUUCCACUGGUAUCGACAAAGCAGGUAGUCUUCGAUUGACAACUAAAUGUCAUGGAAGGCGCUUCGUUGUCACACACGUGUCUCUUGUGUACGGGCUGCGUGGGCUGAAUGAACGACCAUUGCGCGA